AUUUUAACAUUUUAACAUUUUAACAUUUUAACAUUUGAACAUUUUAACAUUUGAACAUUUUAACAUUUUAACAUUUUAACAUUUUAAUAUUUUAACAUUUUAACAUUUUAAUAUUUUAACAUUUUUACUCAAAAAAAGAAAAGGCAUAAAAUAAUAAGGAUCCCAAAACGAACACACCAUGACACCUGACGUCGUCGCCUGAACCGUACGACGCUCCCAAACGAACGCACCAUGGUUGAGCGGGUUGAGCAAGCUGUCAAAUUUUUUCACUCGCGAUGCGUGUUCGAUCCUGUUUUGUUUGGCCGCAGUUUCAAAAGUUUUAAUCGAAAUGAAAUCGCGUGUGCUUGUGAAAAACCAAACUCCCGGCGUCAAAUCUGCCGGGUGACUGAUCCGGGAGGGAGAAGAAGAUUAGUGUCAGCAACUUUUGGUGAGUAUUUGGACCGGUGAAGAACAUUAAUGCGUCCGCAAUUUGGGGCAGAUUCCGUCGCCAUCGUCGUCGUUUGAAGUAGGUACGUGUGUUUUGGUACUUCUUCCGGACCGGUUUGGAAGAAGUUACCAGAUGCGUCCGGGAUUUGUGCCAGAUUCUGUUGUCGUCGUCCUUCCGGACCGGUUUGGAUAAAAGUUGCCAGAUACGUCCAGGAUGUGUGCCAGAUUCCGUCGUCGGUCAUGUGUGGGUGCGUGUGUUUUUGAACUUCUUCCGGUUCCAAAGAAGUUGGCAAUCGCGUCCAAGAUUUGUGCAUCGUCAUCGCCGACGUUUGUAGUGUUUGUGUGUGGUUAUGUUUUGGAAUUUCUUCCGAAACGGUUUGAAAGAAGUUGCCAGUCGCGUCCGAUUGUUUAUGCCGCUCACACGUUCCGUCGUCGUCGUUUGAAGUGUAUCCAGCCCCAUUUUUAUAGCCCUCUUAGGAAAUACCUUUUUUUUCUAUUUUACAGGAUCCUCAAUCGUCAACGAAUCAGAAGAGCUCCGGGAUGUAAAUAUCAGGCGUUUCAUGAAAUUUGGAGAUGGCGGAACCCCUCCUGCAGCAGCAGCAGAUGUUUGUCAUGGAGGCAUUUGCAACGGUGCGGAGCUAUUUGAUUACGGGACACGGAAGCUUGAUCAACGAAAUGAAGAAUUCAAAACAAAUCAAUCCGGAGUCUCCAGUCGACAAAAGGUACCGGCGGACAGACUGAACACACCACGGCAUCACCCACCCGAGGGGGAACAGGAACCGGUCUCGAUCGAGGGUUUCAAACGGAAUCGAAAGCGAAAGAAAACGUCGUGGAAGGAUUCCUUUUGGCGAUUUGCAAAAAGCUGAAGAAGGCGUUAACAAUUCAUGAACAAAUAAACAAAGUGGUUCAAUGUUGAAUAUAAAUAACAUACUAUGAAUAACAAUAAAACUACUGUAAAAUUUACUUUAUUUACUAUUUAUUUUAAUGUCCGAAAAUAGUUUUCACAGUAGUAUUUAGUGGGGAAUAAACCAUAAAGAAUUAUAAUUUUACUGUGUAAUUCAUUGUAAUGCUUAUUAGUUUUAUUGUCCGCAUAUAGUUUUUACCGCAUCAUUUACUAGAUAAAAAACCAUGAAGAACUGUAAAUUGACUGUGCAAUGCAUUGUAAUGCUUGCUGUUUUUAUUAUUAAUGUAUGAUGAUUUCUAUAGUCAGGACGAGUUUUUGGAUGAAAAAUGCAACAUUAGAUUAACAGUAAAAUGCGUCGUAUUUGGUAAAAAAAUGUAUGGAAAAAUUUCGAAAUUUUUAUGGUACCGGUGCAUAACAACCCCCCUUUUUUAUGGUAAAAUCCCAAAAUACGACGCAAAUUAUCUUAAAAAACGAUGCUGUCUACUGUUAAAACACUGUCAAAAUGACAAUAUAUUUUAUCGUUUUGUAACGUUAAAAUUUACUGUAAGUUCAUCAGAAAUCUUUAUGCGGGUUGCAAUUAUUUCUUAUUCAUUU